CGGAGGGAGUACGCCUCCCUACUCUUCUUGACUUGGAUGGAAUGUCGGGCGGUUUCCUACGUGUAUCAUGCAUGUAAUUAGCGGGGUACAUGCAUGCAUACCAUAUCCCGAGUCCAUACAUGCAUGUGUGCGUAUGGGGGGUGAUGGUUAAUUAGCGGAAGGGCUAACGAACUGGAACCGUUAACGACGACGCCAGAGAGGUAGAAGAGCGGACACGUGACGUCGUCAGCAACGACGCUGCCGGACCCGUCAGGGAGUUGGCAUCUCUCUCCUCAGCGUCGUUGCUGUCGAGGCCGUGGGGCUGAGCGAUCACUCGAUUGAUAAGUGGAGUGGUCAUAGAAGCGCGAUCCCGAGGGGGGGGGGAGGGGGAGGGGGGGGAAGGGGGGGGGAGGGGAGGGAAGAGGAGGGGAGAGGGCGCUUUGCUUAUGGGAGAGGAGACUGAAGGAGGCGGACUGGUGAAGGCCGAGGAGGCCGAGAAGGAAGGGUAGUAGUCGAGUCGGCGGCGCAGACGAAGUAGAGUCAUUUUCACCAUCUCUCCGUCCCGAUCGGGACGAAGAGAUGAUCGGAGUCUUGGCGGCUCGGCAGCUGACGGGGGAGCAAAAGGCAGAGAAGGACAGGUGUAGGCGGCCAUAGCCGAUCUGGAAGGACGUUGGAGCUGCGCGCUCUGGGAUGAUGAUAAUCAGAACGUACUCUCGGCGAAAUCGAGGUUCGAGGCACCUCAAUAACAGCCUGAACGAUGGGUUGACGGCGAUCACGGGCGAGGAUCCACGUGGCACAGGGGCAUUGUCCCUCUCUCAGGAGUCAUCAUCGUACAUGGAGGAUGAAGAUGGUGGGCGGUUAGGCGGCGGGGGAGGGGGUGGGGAAGGAAACGGCUCUCCUCUGCCGUUCUCUCUCUCCUCCCCGUCCUCCUGCUCCCCCCUCCCUGGCCUCGGAUCCUCUCAAGAGUCGAGCAAGACCUUCCUUUCGGACGAUUACCAAUGUGGACGGCCGUUCAGAAGAUGCUCAAUGUGGAGCUCAAGCUCAACGAUGACCCCUUCGACGGGAAGUGAAAUGCAAAAUGAAGGGGAGGAGGAGGAUAUGAUGAUAGGGAGGAGAGAGAAUGAACACCAAGGGGCAUCGAUGAUGCCGCCGCCGGCGCGACCGGUAUCGCGAGGCCGACCGCCGGGGAAGACAGAUUCGCGAAGCAAGAGGGCGGCGCCCGUCUGCGUGCCGAAGAGGAGGAAGGAGGGGGUGACGUCCGCGUCGGGGAAGUAUUCCGUGAAAGGAGGAGGGGGGGAGGAGAGGAAGGGGGGAGGAGGAGGAGGAGGAGGGGGAGGAGUAGGAGGUGGGGGUGGUACUGGUGGAGGUAGGUGUUCAUCUCAGGGAGGAAGUGAAGAGAGGGCGUCACAAGAAGGGGGGCGAAGCAGCCGAGGAGAGAGUGGAGGGGCUGGUGGAGGGGGUAGGCUCGGAACAGGCUCGAUUGUCGGUCUGGGCUCCACUGCCUCGAAGGGGAUUGGCGGCCUGAGCCCCAGGUUUAAGGUGAGGACGAGGGCAAUGCCUGCCACGUGGUGCCCCGUGGCCCCACCAUCAUCAACCUUGGUGGAGGCGCAAGAAUCUGGUGAGAUGUUAGAGCAGGUAGACGAAGCCAACUUUGCUAUGGAUGGUUUGAAAAGAGGAGCGCCUCUGAAAGUGCUGCGCGCCAGUGUGGCCUCGCUGGCGCAGCUCUGCGGUUCGACCGAGCGCCGCCGUUUGCUACGAACACACGGGUUGGCGAGACCGUUGCUAGACUCUGUUGUCACUUUGCCACUGGAAGACCCGGCAUUGGCGCUGGCUUGUGCUGCCAUCCUCUACUUCCUCGCUGCCGAUGGCCGGGAUGACGAUAUGAUCGAUUCCACAGUGUGCAUCCGGUUCUUGCUGCAGCUGCUGUCAUUGACACCGAAGGAUAGUGGUAACUCACCUCCUGCUGCUGUUGGUGGCGUUGUGAGUGGCUUUGGUCGUGGGAAGGGAGAGAAAGAUAAAAGACGUGUGCAUCUGAAGGCAGAUAAGGCUGGAGAUGCGGUGAUAGCAAAGAUAAGUGCACUCUUUGGAAAAAGGCAACCUGAGAAGUGGGGAGGGCCACCUGGGGAUGCUGACGGAAGUGAUGGAAAGCUAGACAACCUUAGCUCAAGGUGGUUGGCUCUCUUAACUCUCGAGCGCGCUUGUGCUCCUGCGGUGGUUCUGGAACAGGAUGGCUGUGGGCUGAGUAGCGGGUCUUCAGGCUUCAGCCAGAGGACUGGUCAAAUAUUUAAGGAGAGACUGAGGGAAGCUGGAGGCCUGGACGCUGUUUGUGGGCUUGCAUCAGAGUGUGUGUCACAGAUAAGGGCUGUGGCGGAAGAGCUGGGAAAAAAGAAAUCCAGUGGGGCAGAGCCGAGUGAAUGCCGGGCGGGUAGUGUCUUCGACUUCAAUGACUGUGAGGGGGUAGAAGGAGAAAGUGGUAAAAGCAACGAGGAUCAGGAGCUUGGAAGCAAGGAGAAGAGGGCCAUCAGGAAAGACGUUGACAUAUUGUUACGGUGCAUGAGAGUCAUGGAGAAUGUCACCUUCUGCAGUGAGUCGAAUCAGAAGCAUCUAAUCGAGUUGAAGCUACCAGAUCCCGGCGGUCCGGACUCCCGGACAUUCAUAGAAGUUGUCCUUGACAGUGUACAAAUGUUGACAGAGCUUGCCAGCAGAACUUGCUCAGAAGUUGAAAGCCGAAACGAUAACACAAGUGGUGGUACCCAAACACUCAGUCAGAAUCAGGAUAUGGAUGUGGAGCAUAUGAGGACAGGGCAGGGAGUCAAUGGCAGUCAGAUGUGUGAUGAGGCCAAGCUGCUGGAGCGAGCUCUGACUAACGAUCCAGCCUGUUCACAGUCUGCCGAAGAAAGACUCUCACAGGGCAGAAGCCGCAGUCUGUGCCUGCAGACGGAAUCCUUACGGGGUCGCUCUGCAAGCCAAGAUUAUGAAGGUUUGGCAUCAGUACCGAGCCAACAGAUGAAGGAGCCGUGGAGUCCAGAGUUUGGACCCAUGGAUUUGUCAUUAUCGCAGCUUUCGGAAGACUGCCAUGUGGUGCUUACUCUGCUGCCGCAGUCUCAAGAGUACUCGCAUGAUCAAAUCCAGCCUACGGCACAGAGGGAUGAACAAGGAGCUGGUCCUCCAACUGCUGCAAGGCCAAAGACUUAUCAGAGGAGGAAGGCAAAAAAACCUGCAGAGAACGGUAGUUGCUUGUCGGACUCGGUGACAAAUGGUGUCGCAAGCGGCUGUCAGAUGUCCCAGGAACUUGGCGAUUCUGGUGCGCUGUUAGCAGAGCAGGUCAUUGAAGAACUGUGUGCUGGUGAGAUGCCGACAACGUCUUCUUUAUCGGUUUUGUCCCAAGGUUAUGGAGGAGCAGGGGAGACGCAGGAGAUGCAGGAGACACUUUCUCAAUGUGAUAAUGUGGGAGACAGUGCUUGGUAUCAGGCAAGCCUGCCGGGCGUGAGUUCUGCUACAGUGCAGAAUGAACAGACUGCGAAAUCAAAUGUGAAAGGUCACGAGGCCCAUGCAAUCAUUACCAGACAGAAAAGUGCGGAGUGCCUUCUUCAAACUGAUGCAAUGGCAGAAGAAAGGAAAACUGGAACCCAAGACGCUUUACUGCCUGCCCAGACUCUGGAUCGCCCUGAAGGAGAAGCAGGUUUACGGGUGGAGAAGCACUCUCUCCUCGAUGAUGAAGGCAGCCGUCUUGUGGCUGAUUGCCUCGUUUCGGCCAUGAAGGUCCUUAUGAAUCUGACGAAUGACAAUCCACUUGGAUGUCGGCAAGUUGCACAGGGUGGAGGAAUAGAUGCACUUGCACUCCUUCUUGUGGCCCAGUGUCCUUUGCCCCCGGUUACCUCGCUGUCAAAGUGCAUGGUCACAGAAGGCCUGGCGGAGGAGCUCUCGGGACGGGAUACCAUCCCUGUGAUAGAAGAAGAUCUUGACUUGCUUGUUGUGGUCUUGGGAGUGCUUGUGAACCUUGUGGAGAAGGAUGAAAGCAACAGCGGGCCGUGUGCAGGUUCCCUGGAAGGGAACGCUGAAGACGCUGACAGCCCCGUCGACCGCCGGACCCUGCUGCGCAACGAGGUGUUGUCCAAGAGUCGGGAUGCUUGGGAAUGCAGUAUCAAUUGGGCGAUGUUGGAGAACGAUGUGGAGGCGAUCGGGGUUCAAGAAGCAGAGGCUAUGAUUGUGGAGGCAUAUACAGCACUGCUUUUGGCCUUUUUGUCCCGUGAAAGUGACUCAGCCCGGAAGUCAAUUGAGGCCCUUCUCCCUGAUGGCGAUCUGAGCUCUCUAGUUCCUGUACUGGAGCACUUCGUGAAUUUUCAUAUGCAAUUGAACACCAUCUCGCCUGAAGGACAUGCAGUUGUCCGACAGCUGAUUGACUGGUGUCUUCAUCCUUCCGGCCCAUCGAUCUCGAAACAGGAGAUCCAGUACGAUAUGACUCAGAAUGAUGCUCCGAGUGAGAAUGGAGGACCCUGGCUAUGGGAUGAUGACGACUGAAGCUCUUCCCUGAAUGAAGCCCUCACGCCCUUGUUGGAUUAUGGAAUCGUUUUCGGACUCAGUUUUUCCUUAUGCUCAUUUUUCACUUGUGCUUGCUUGGCACAGUUGUUUGGACCCGUCCCCUCACAUUUGUAACCCAGUUUGUAGAUGUAAGAGAGAAUUUUCUUCCCGGCCUCUCUCUGCUUAGGACAUUGUUUGUCAGCUUAUCGGAGGCAUGCAUGCAGGGGCGCACCGUAUGAGGUGCAAAGCGAAAGGAAGGUGGGUGGUGUGUGUUAUUGAUGAUAGAAUGAUUGCCGAAUUAUCUUAACAAGAAUUUCUCUUACGAGGACCGAAUUCCCUCAGAAGAGUUCAUGUAAAGGUAUAUCAGAUUUUCUCUCUAAGAGUUGAAAUAAAAUUUCCGCCAAGAAUCAAAUUCCCUGACGAGCUCUCCGAAAGAUUUCUUCAGCACUUUCCGACGCAGAUUUUCACUCGCCCUUCUCGAAAGGGUUCAGGCUUGCCCUCUCCUUGUCCAGAGGAUGUAACAUCUGAAAAAGAAGGCCCACUUUUUCGCUUUCCAGGUCGGCAAUGCGAAACUGAGCUGCAGAUCAGGAUGAGGUAUGUGGCCUUUGGAUGCGUCAUUAUUCAUUCGUUACCUCUCAUGCGUUUUCGGUUCUUGGCUGGCACUCCCUUUCUUUGGUUGGAUGUAUUCAUCACUUUCACAUUUUGGUUGUGUUACAGGUUUUUGUUUUGGCAAAUACUUUCCUUCUUUGUGGAAGCAGCUCUCAUGGAUGAUGGUUGUCAGUCAUCCUUUCGCCUCCUCCCGGCUUUUGUUUUAUGUCCACUUCUCUCCAGUUUGUUUUUACCUCUCCAAUGUGGAAGUUGUUGCCGUUGCACGAGUUUUGGGGAAAAAUGGUGAGCACAGUGCACACCCUAAACCCUAAAGCACCGCUGUCGGAUUUGCUUUCCGUCCGGCGCGCUCUUCUCUCUGUUUCUGGCCCUUGUCUCUAGAACGUACGCUCCCAGGUCGGUAGCAGCAGUGGUUGUUAGGGUUGUAGGGACUCACUCGCAAUGGCUGCAUUGCAAAGUGGACCCCCCCCCCCUCCUUGGCUUCUUGUUCCAAGACUUUGCAGGGGUGUCCAUGUUUAGUCUGGUUAGUGAGAAAGGAGUAGGGGAGAAAUUCAGGGCUAACAGGUAGAGGAUAUUGCUGGUAUCGUGUUGGGCAAUCUUUUUUCCACUUGUGGUAGCCUGGUAGGAUCUCAGCAGAAUUUUGCGCAGUCGCAGGGGAGUUCGCAAAGUUGCAGUAUGUAUUGUUUUGCAUUUUGUCGCUGUAGUUACUACUGCACGACUUCUGCCGUGAACGAGCCGGGAAAGACCUGGGGAGACAUUUCUUUGGUCAUUUUGUGCUUGUCAAACGGAGCCCACGUGUGCACUUUCUCCCGAACGAUCUGGAAGGGAACAGAGGAGGAGGGGGGGGAAGGACGUGGUGCAAGGGGUGUACAACACAUUUGGUCUUUGUCUUUGCGAUUUGUAUUUUGCAUUUGGUAAGGAAUUAGGAGAUGGCCCUGGCCAACAGUUGUUUCUAUUGGGAGUCUACAAAUGGUGGGUACGUUUGUGUCCUGUUUUUUUAGGAUUGUUUCCAGGAAAUAUGGUUUUGCACUCCCUUACAUGCUGGUCGUUUGGGUCGUUUCCUAGGGCCCAAACGUCUGGUGACUGAACUCAGAAAAGCAAAGGGCCUUGUGGAUAUUCGGCCGAGUAACGGCUGUUUUGGUUUAGGGUUACCCUCUUCUCUCAUCUUGUUAUAUCUCAUCUCCGUUCUGAAGUUGGAAAGCCAUGUGAUGUGUCACACGACAUUUUGCACGGUGUCGUGGGCACUUAAGUAGACUGGAUGGGUGAACGUUCAAUCGUUGCAGUGGAACUUUUUUGACCCAAUGUCUCGUCUUGUCCCGUCUUGUUCCGUCUCGUCUUCUCUUCUCGAAUUUCGUCGUCGCAUUUUGCCAAUGUG